CUCCCGAAUACGAAAAAGCAGCUACUGCAUUGAAAAAACAUAAAAUUAAAUUAGCAAAAGUAGAUUGUACUGCCGAGACUGAACUAUGCCAAGAAUAUGAAGUUACAGGGUAUCCAACGUUGAAAGUUUUCCGUGAUGGUAAUGCAACGGACUAUACAGGCGGUCGAAAAGAAGAUUCAAUUGUUAGUUAUAUGAAAAAACAAACACUACCCGCGGUAUCAGAUGUCACCGUAGAAAAUCUCGAUACAUUCAAAGAUUCCGAAAAUGUAGUUAUCAUCGGGUUCUUCACGGCAGACAGUCAAGAGGAAUACAAUACGUUUACAAAAGUUGCUGAAUCUAAUCGUGACAGCGACUUUGUAUUUGGUGCCACAGGACAACAAGAAGCAGCUGCCAAAGCAGACAUAAAAGCACCCGCAGUAGUCCUCUACAAACAAUUCGAUGAACGCAAUGUAACACUUUACCCGCCUUUUGACGAAGAAGCUCUCUCGACAUUUAUCAAAACAAAUUCGAUUCCUCUUUUGGCUGAAAUCGGACCAGAAAAUUACGCGACGUAUGUUGAUUCGGGACUUCCUCUUGCCUUUUAUUCUAUGAAAAUGAAGAACAACGAACUGCUCUUGGAAGAAUGGCCAGCAUUCGGUAUCCAGCAACCCGAAGAAGGAUCGAAAUAUCCACAUGAUCAGUCCAAAGAAAUAACAACUGAAAAUAUCCAAGUAUUUGUUAGGAAAUUCUUGAAGGGUGAGAUUCCACCUAGUAUUAAAUCGGAAUCUAUCCCCGAAAAGAAUGAUGAUCCAGUUUACGUCUUGGUUGCUGAUUCAUUCGAAGAUGUAGUAUAUGACAAGAAUAAAGAUAUCUUGGUAGAAUUCUAUGCUCCAUGGUGUGGCCAUUGCAAGAAACUUGCGCCAAUCUACGAGAAACUCGGUGAAACCUAUCAAGAAUUCAAAGACAAGAUAGUAAUUGCCAAGAUGGACGCCACUUUAAAUGACCUUCCAGCAGGAGUCCCAUUCAAGAUCAGUGGAUUCCCCACAAUCAAACUCUUCAAAGCUGGCGAAAAUAAUGAUAUUGUCGAUUAUCAGGGCGAUCGCACAUUUGAAAGUUUUAUUAAAUUUUUGGACGCUAAUGCCUUUAAUAAGGUUGAGGUUAAUGUUACGUCACCUUCUGCUUCUUCUGAUGCUGCUUCAGAAA